AACAUGCGCGUUGGGAUCUACAGAAACACAAUGUAGCUGUUAUAUUGUAUCUUUGAGACAGUCACAGUCACAGAGGUGAUUAAAACAACAGCAGGACCGCAGCGGUGAUUCAGAGCGGACCUCGGGACGAGCUCGGUGAUAAAUGUCCGGUAUUAACAGAUAAUAAUCUCAGGAAGCACCAAGAGAAGAAGUCAAAGCAGGAACAAUAAACAGAUGGAACUGGAAGAGUCGCGCUGAUCUGACUCGACGACGAGCGGCUGAGAUCUUUAUUACUCGGUUAAAACUCUCGAGGAUGACCGUCCGGUGGCUCUCGGGUCUGAUGCAGUGAAGAUGGCUGGUGUUGUGGAGAGUCAGGCAGGCGUGGGAGGUUGAGUACAGGAAGAAUGCACUUAUCCCAUGUUGGCACCAAUAAAAUCUGCUUCCUGCUUUCCCUGGCGUUCUGUGCCCUACUAGUGCUGCUUAUUCCCUCCUUACAACCCCUGCAGCGUCAGAAAGAUCUGCCCCAACCCCGGCCCCGUACCAAACCCAUCAGAGCCGGAGCCGGACACAGACAUGACCUCUACGGGAACCCCGGCCGAGGAAGCGAGGAUGCCAAGGAUGGUAGUUUCAUUCACCCACUUCCUCCUAGAGGCCGACCCGAGGACCCACAGAGGAUGCUAGAGAGAGACGCUGCACGCCCCAGAUCCCCUGGGUCCCGUUCCAGAGACUCUUUGGAUUUGAGAGACAUUUUUAUUGCUGUUAAGACCACCAGGAAAUAUCACAAGUCCAGACUGCAGCUCCUGUCCCAGACCUGGGUGUCCAAAGCCAAGGAACAGACGUUUAUCUUCACUGAUAGCGAGGAUAAGGAGCUCAGACAGAAAGCAGGGCUGAACAUGAUCAACACCAACUGCUCCGCGGCUCACACGCGUCAAGCCCUGUGCUGCAAGAUGUCUGUGGAGUAUGACAAGUUCAUCGAGUCACAGAAAAAGUGGUUCUGUCACAUGGAUGAUGAUAACUACGUGAUCCUGCCCAGUUUGCUGGAGCUGCUGUCGUCCUACUCUCACACACAGGACGUGUAUCUGGGCAGACCCAGUCUGGACCAUCCCAUAGAGGCCGCUGAGAGGGUCAAGAGCGACGGAUCGGCAUCAGUCAAGUUCUGGUUUGCUACUGGAGGAGCUGGAUUCUGCAUCAGCCGGGGCUUGGCUCUCAAAAUGAGUCCAUGGGCAAGUCUUGGAAACUUCAUUACGACUGCAGAGAAGAUCCGUCUUCCGGACGACUGUACAGUGGGUUACAUCAUCGAGGCUUUGCUGGAGGUUCCUCUGACACACACAGGCCUGUUCCACUCACACCUGGAGAAUCUGAAGAGACUCCCAACAGACAGCAUACUCAAACAGGUGACCCUCAGUUAUGGUGGAUUCGAGAACAGGAGGAAUGUGGUCAGUGUUGGAGGAGCGUUCUCAUUGGCUGAAGACCCUACACGGUUUAAAACGGUUCACUGCCUACUCUACCCAGACACAGACUGGUGCCCACACAAGACUCGUCACUGACCGCUGGGAUACGUACGCCUCAUCAGGAGCAGAGACCGUUUCAGAAAUCGCUUCAUACCAAAAUAAGACUUUGAGUAAAUGAGCUGGUUUGCAGCAUGGAAAUGCAUUUAAAGGCAAUAGGGAGUAAAACAUUUAGGAAAGCGAUAAGGAAUCCAAAAAUAAAAAUUUGUUAAAUGUGCUCACCUAUAAGUCGUCCAAGAUGUAAAUGAGUUUGUUUCUUCAUCAGAUUUGGAGAAAUGUAGCAUUGCAUCAAUUGUUCAUGAAUGGAUGCUCUGCAGUGAAUGGGUGCCGUCAGAAUGAGAGUCCAAACAGCUGAUUUAAAACAUCCCAAAAAAUAUGUUUGGUUUGUAAACAGUGCUUGAUCUGUGCAUAUUUCUCGCCUGAUUCAGAUGAGGUGUACUUUUCAUUUUAGUAGAAAGCAGUGUUACGGAGAAAGGGCUCGUGUUUUAGCCAGAAUUAAUGGUUUGAAUUUAAAAAUGUCUGUUUUUUUCACAAACCUGAAGCUUUUCACUUCAUAAGAUGUUAACUGAUGAACUGGAGUGGUGUGGAUUAUUGUGAUGUUUUUAUCAGCUGUUUGGACUCUCAUUCUGACGGCACCCAUUCACUGCAGAAGUGAUGCAAUGCUACAUUUCUCCAAAUCUGUUCCGAUGGAGAAAAAUAGAAAUUUAUGAGUGAACCAUUCAUUCAAGUCAUUUUUGUUUGGUACUUUCUACAUUUUUAUUGUGAAACAGGGUGGCUGUCAUUUAUUAAACACAUUUUUGUGUUGCCAUUUUUCACAUAUCGAGUCCCUGUUGUCAGAGUGUUUUGACAGGAUUGCGCUGUCUCGUAGAUUCACUGGGGGAUUUUUCAAUUAAAUGAUUCGAGAGACAUUUUUGUCAUCUUUAAAGUCCUCUUUUUUCCUUUGAAUCAAACAUGCCUGUAAGUAUGAGGAAAAACAGUAUAGAUGCAGUUUUAUAGUAUUUUGUUUUCCAGAUUUCUGCAGCAAAGCUCAUCUACUGCCAGUGCUUUUCAGCUUGUGUUCUUCUCGGUUCAUGAUUUGUGGAUCCAGACUGCACUUGCACUCAGUAUGUCUCUAGACUUUCUUUAUACAGACCAAAAAGAAAUAGUGGUAAUCAGUCCAGGUUUGAAUCAUGUAUCCACUCAUCAGCGUUGAUUUAUUUGCAUUUAAUCACCAGUGUGAGUGUGGUGACUGUUGUUUAAUAUGCUGUUCACAUGAUCCUCGUGAUAUAUGCACAAACACGUUCCUCACUGCAGGCCAGUGGUUUGCGUAAACGUGCCAAAACUACAUUAUGGCUUCUCUUUCCUUAACAGUGACAAACAUUUUGCUCUCCGUAACAAAUGCUGUUGGAGUUGACAAUUUUUUUUUUUUUUUUUUUUGCACCUCUUGUUUUCUUUAAUCUGAAGAAUUGAUUAUGAUGUAUGAUUUUCACUUUAAUAAAUGUAUUUAUUAUGCA